GCUUGCGACCCGGCCGAGAAGUUGCAGCACCGCACUUCGCCGAGGGGCGUGGGGAGCGAGGGGCCGCUAGGAUGUAUGGGGACAUGGAUGAAGAAGACGAGGCCUUCCAGCUUCCGACGGGAGGGACCAGGCUGGCCUCUCUCUUUGGACUGGAUCAGACAGCUACAGAAUCUGAAAAUGUGUUAUUCCAAUACAUGCCACCCAAGCAGCCUAAAAAAGGUCAACCAGCUACCGCUGCAGGUCUGUCUACCCAGAAGCAUCCUCCUGCAGCUGCUGCUGCACCUGCUGCUGUGCCCGCUGCUGCUGCUGCACCCACUGCAGCAGUGCAGUCAGUCUUCUUCGCUACAGCUGUUCAUGCAUAUUUGUUUACCAAUGGGAAAUAUGUGAAACAUGGCAAGUAUGGAGCAGCCAUAGUGGGCAGCAAUGCAACCAAAGAGUACAGAGUGCUUCUCUAUAUCAGCAAGCUGCAGCAGAUUGCGACUGCCAGGAUCCAUGCCUCGUUUGUUCUCACGGUGCAGCCCAACAACUACUGCACAUUUUAUGAUGAUCAGAGGCAGAAUUGGUCCAUCAUGUUUGAAUCAGAAAUGGUGGCUGUGGACUUCAGCAAGCAGCUGUGCAUUGCCAAGUAUAACAGCAGCCCUUCUCCUGACUCAGUGUUGUACCAGGAUCUUGUUCUCGGAGACGGUCAAGGGGUGGAGACUGGAGAUGCCCUGGAGAUCACUUUUACAGGAUGGCUGUUCCAGAACGGUAGUCUUGGGCAGGUUUUCGACUCGAAUGUAAACAAAGAGAAGUCGCUGCGCCUGAAGCUAGGCUCUGGCAAAGUCAUCAAGGGCUGGGAAGAUGGGAUGGUUGGCAUGAAGAAAGGAGGCAGGCGGUUCCUCCUCAUCCCACCAGCAUUGGCUUACGGGCCUUCGGGAGAAGCUGAACGCAUUCCUCCAGACUCAACCCUGGCCUUUGAGGUGGAAGUCAAACGGGUGAGGUUUGCAAAGGACGCUGGCUCCGCUGGACAGAGCCUGGGCCCCAGGGACUCCCUCACACCUUCACCGGCGUCACAAUCAGAAAGCCCUGCUACAGACCCAGCAUGGCUGACUCCAACUCCCACUCCAAAACCAGGGGAGCCAGCUGUGCGUGCCAAAUCAAGCUCAAUUAGCGAACAGCUAGCGAAUCCUGAUGUAGCAAAAGUGAAACUGAUUUCCCGUAUGGCAAAGAUGGGUCAGCCUAUGCUACCUGUCCUCUCCAGCACAUUUGCACCCCAGCAAGACUCAGUUGACAAGGAGGUAGAGGAGCCGAAUGCCGUGCAAGAAUUUUCAACCUUCUGUCCGAAUGACUACCGUCCAAUGGCCCCUCCUCAGUGGGCAACGCAAGCUCCUCAUCCAGCUGUCUCGGGGCUCCAGGAGCCUAAUGCCCCCCAGCCACACCCACCCCUUGCAAGAACCCCUCAAAACUAUCAGCCUUAUGCAGGGAUGCCAUAUGCUUACCCACAAAUGAGCGCUGCAGUUUCCCAGCUCCAGCCUGUUGGGUUGUGCCCAGCUCCUUUCCAAGUUUUCUUUCCUGUCACAGCAGCUGGAGACAUCGGUUCAUUCCUGCUGACAGAGACCCGGCAGCAGAACACAGAGAUCCGCCUGGCCGUUGGGAAGGUGGCUGACAAGAUGGACCAGCUGUCAGUCAAGCUGGAGGAACUGCGGAAGCAAAACUCUGGCCCCGGUUUGCUGUCAGGCGUCUCUUCUGUUACCAUGGAAACCUCUAUGAUCAUGAGUAACAUCCAGCGUAUCCUGCAGGAAAAUGAGAGGUUGAAACAGGAGAUCGUUGAGAAGAGCAGCCGCAUUGAGGAGCAGAACAAGAAGAUUGGUGAACUGAUUGACCGCAACCAACGCUAUGUGGAGCAGAGCAACCUGUUAUCUGAGCAGAACAACACCUCACUGCAGAGGACCAUGGAGCACACCCAGGCAAGGGUCCUACAUGCUGAACAGGAGAAGGUCAUGGUCAGCAAGGAGCUAGCGGAAGCCACGGCACAGAUCUCCCAGCUCCAGCUGGAGCUGACCCGUCAUCGGAAGCAGGAGAUGGAUCUCCACUCCCAACUGAAUGAAGCCCUAACAGAGUCGGAGAGGCAAAAAGCCCAGGUCACCCAACUGCAUGCACAGCUGGCUGAACUUCAGAAGUCAUCUGACGACAUGAAAAGCAGAUACCAGGAGGAGAAGCUGAGCGGGAAGCAGUUGGAUGAGAAGGUGGCAGCCCUGGAAGAGGAGCUGGCUGAUAUCCGCAUUAAGAAGGAGAAUCUGGAGAAGCUUUCCCUGCUUAAAACCACAAGAAGCUCAGAGAACGAGAAGCUGUCACCACAGCAGGAGCAGCCAGAGCCUGUGAAAGGCAAGGUGAAGAAGAUCAUGAAUGAGGUCUUCCAGUCCCUGCGGAGCCAGUUCAACUUGGAAGAGUCCUAUACCGGCCAGGAGGUCCUGGGUAUCGUCCUGAACACCAUCAAGACAACAACUCUGCAGCUGCUGGAGAGUCAGGAGGAACAAAGGGGGAGCAGCAGCACCAAGGAGGAAGGACCUACGGAAAGGAAGCAGACAAGUGCCGCACCCCUUUAUGGGGAUCCCCAGAGCAACUCUGUCCGAGAACCAGCAACAGUGGCAUCCCCCGCUCCUUUGACUACUCGGAAGGAAAGCUCAAGCAGUCCUCCAUUCACUGCUCUCGAAGGAGCCCAAGACAGACUGUUUUCUGCAGCUCCCAAGGCUCAUUCUUCGGAAGCACCGGGUGAACAAACUCCUGCAGCCUCUGCUCAAACUGCAAAGCUGCCUCUAAGGCUCUCCGCCAGUAUUGAGAAGGAGAAGCCAAGCACUCAGGGGGAAAUGGACACAACAGACGCUGCCAUUCUGGCACCUCCCAAACCAGUGGCGGGUGAGAUGGCAUCUGCAAUGGAGGGGCCCACAACGGGUCCAGAGGGCGAGGAGGAGAGAGGGGCAAGUCAGCACACCGCUGGCCCCACCCCUCAAGCUGCUCUAGCCGACAAGCAGCAGGACUCGGCUGGAGCCUCACAUUCAAAACCAGCGUCCAGCCCUAUGCAAGCGGAUUCCAGUCUUCUUGAGGACAAGGGUAGUUCCUUCAAAGUUGCCACUCCCAAGCCACCUGCAUUGGGAACUCUAUUGGCAGAAGACGAGGAAGAGGAAGAGGUGAGCCUUAAGGGUCGGCCUCCCCCCACCCCACUCUUUGAUGAUGAUGAUGACGAUGAUGACCUGUACCUACUGGGAUGAGCGGCCUGGCAAAUGCCAUGACAAUACUUUCUUCUCUGAAGAGCUUCAGUGAUUGCUGAUCUGGGGCUGAGAUGGAUGGAGCUGGGGUUUUUCCUGUGGGCCUCCCCAGAUUGCUCAUUUGGGCUGAGAUGGCCUUAACGUGCGGUUUUUGAGGCUGCUGGCAGGAAGAGGGGUGACUAACUCUCUCUCUCUCUCGGUAGCAAAUGUCAUUUGGGGACUUUGUCUAGCUCCCAAGUCCUGACUGUUUAAUUCACCACUGCCAAACACACCUGUACCCUACACCCUUUUGAGCCAGCUGCUGUUGGGAGUAGCAGUGGGUAUCACCUUAAACAGCUCUUCUCUGUGGAAACCAAACUUAACCUAUUGCCAUAGUUCACCUCCAGUUUUGAACCUUGGCAAAACCGGAUCUUGAAAAUAAUAAUAAUAAUAAUAAAGUGCAAUUAAAAUAAA